CGGGCGGGCGCGGAGAGCUGGUGGAAGAUGGCGGAGGGAGGGCGCGCGGAGCCGGAGGAGCCGGAGAGGGGGUCCUCGAGGCCCCGACCCCCGAGUGCGCGGGACCUACAGCUGGCCUUGGCAGGACUGUACGAGGAGGAAGUGAAAUGCAAUUCUUCCAGGCCGGCCAGAUCUGCAGCUCCCGUCUUUAAGAGCCCACGGACACUGCCGCAACGGCUUUAUUCAGGUGACCAGGAAUGUGGUGGAGUACAUAUAGCUCAGCCUCCACCGGGGAACAUUGUGAAUGACCUUUUCAGAGAGGCAAGGGAGCAUGGGGCCGUCCCUCUAAGUGAAGCCACACGAUCUUCAAGUGACGACAAAGCUAAGUCGUUUACAGGUGGAGGAUACAGAUUGGGCAGCUCCUUCUGUAAGCGGUCAGAGUAUAUCUAUGGAGAAAAUCAGCUGCAAGAUGUUCAGAUUUUACUGAAGCUGUGGAGCAAUGGUUUCAGUUUAGAUGAUGGAGAAUUGAGACCUUACAGUGACCCAACAAACGCUCAGUUUUUGGAAUCUGUUAAGAGAGGAGAGAUUCCCCUGGAGCUUCAGAGACUGGUCCAUGGCAGCCAAGUGAAUCUGGAUAUGGAGGAUCAUCAAGACCAAGAGUACAUAAAACCCAGAUUGCGCUUCAAGGCUUUUAGUGGAGAAGGACAAAAACUUGGAAGCCUUACACCAGAAAUUGUCAGUACUCCUUCUUCUCCAGAAGAAGAGGACAAAUCAAUACUUAAUGCAGCUGUUCUUAUUGAUGAUUCUGUGCCCACCACAAAAGUUCAGAUUAGGUUGGCAGAUGGAAGUCGUCUGAUCCAGAGAUUCAACAGCACCCACCGGGUCCUGGAUGUCCGAGACUUCAUAAUACAGUCCCGUCCUGAGUUUGCAACAACAGACUUUAUUCUUGUGACUUCAUUUCCGAGUAAAGAGCUAACAGAUGAAAGUCAGACACUACAAGAAGCAGAUAUUCUUAAUACUGUGAUACUCCAACAGCUUAAAUAGUAUUGUUCCAACCCAUGUAGGAAUAGGUAAUGUUGUACAUACUGGUAAAAUACUUCCAGCAUAAAAACAACCAAAUUAUUUUUAUUAUUCAGAUAAAUCCUGUUUUUGCUGUUGAUCUAUCUUCCAGUAUUUGUCUCGAUAAAUUUAAACCACGGAUAGAUCUUUGAAUUUUUGAAUGUUUGAACUUUUAGUUGCAGGUCAGGCUUUUAGUGAUUGAUAGCUAUAAACAUCUAGGUCAGCAAUUUAUUAUGUGCUCAGUGUUAUAUGUUUUCAUAUGUAAUAAUGUUUUCAGAAGUGGAAAGAACAUCUUUUGGUAAAUCCAUUUGGUAAAAUUUGCACUCAAAUUUUUUAAUGCAGCAAUGACCAGUAACCAGUAAGGAUCCCUUUUCUGUGAUAUAUACCAGUGUCUGCUCUGAGUUUGAAAUUGUUUGAUCAUAAAGUAAUUAAGAUUUUGCAUAUUGUUAAUUUUUACAUGUCGUUUGAACUAUGUUAGUAUCACAGAGUAUAUUUUGCCCUUGUAUUUUAUAAAAUUACAACUAAGUCUUAGUAGCUGUAAAGGUCAUCCGCUCCACUCUUGAGAAUAUGGGAUAAACAGAACUUUAAAGUCAAGGCAUUGCAGUCCCAUCCUUCCUGCCUUGAUCACAUUCAUUUUCUUCCAGCAUUUUAACAGGGAUCUGUUAAACUAGAAACAUUAUUGUUGGUGUGUAACACAGAAUGUGUUCUUCAGCAUGUGAACUCAGUCUGAGAGGCUGGAGCAAAAACUGCCAGCAAGAUGGUAGUGUUUCCCUUGUCCAGGCACGUCUUGAGUAAUGCGGGCAGUAUUGAACAGCGGGAAAGCUUGCUUCCCUGCAGACACCAUUCCAUCCUUAGUACCGUGGCUGUGUACUAUUUGGUUGCUGAUGUAAGAAAAUACAGAGCUUGUGACUGAAGUAGCAGAGAUUUAUUAUCUUAAAAGUAUGUAAUCGGAUAUUGAAGACGAGUUUCUCUACGCUAGAAUUAAGGUGUCAGUGGGACUGCAUGGAGACUCCAGAGAAUCAUUGGCUGCUGAGCCUCCAGAGGCCGCCUGUGUUCCUUACCGUGGUGCUCAAACUCCUCUGGCUGCCAGCCCUUCCACCUCCCUGAGCCUUCUGUAACUACAGUGUGCUCUGCUUUCGAGGACGUAAAGACAAGACAGGAUGCACAGGUGAACCCACGCUCAUUGCCUAGCGUUAGCUUUAUAGUGACCUUAAUCAUCCUUCAGGGUUGCUCUUUUCCACUUUAGUUACACCUUUUUGGGAGUGGGGGAGUUGAUAUAGUUGCUUACCACGGCCCACAUUGUCUCAGAGAUUCGCCUACCAAAUAUACUCACCCCAUUCAUCCACAGGUGCUCAGAAAUUGCAGCGUAUCACUUCGACUCACUCACCUGCAUUUCAUUGGUUUCAAAAGUCCCAAAUCUUGUUAAGAUGACCUAAAUUAAGUGGAGAUUCAUCUCUUCAUCUCUGCCUAUGACACUAAAAAUGAACUAUGUCUUCACAGAUAAAUGUCAGGACAGCUAUAGAAUAAGCUAUAAACAUUGAUGUGUAAAAGGCAGGCAACAGUGAAAAGCAGAGCCACUGUUACCGAGAAAUCCGCAAAUCAGCCAGACCUUCCAUCAAUGUCUAAGGCCCACCAUUAACGUAUGGCUCUUGUAACUUAGUCCUUUGAGUUUGGACUGUCUACAUCACCUUCCUUUCGCAGAAGACACACAGCUUGUUUUUUCUUCUCAUAAUGUGCUGUGUGCUUUUCAUUUUACAAUAGCAGUGAUCUGUAAAAAAAACUCAUGGAUCGCCUGUGUGUCAUGGAGAUUGGCUCCAUUAAACAGGAAGCUCUUCCAAGCAUCUUUCUAUAACAGAAAUAAUCCCAUCUCUAAGUUUUAGUUCUUCAGAGAAAACAGAACUGUGUCAUACCCUUUUGCGUGAUUGAAUAUGCAGACCACUUCGUUACACGUGUGGUGUGUUGCUUGUGUACACGUUUGGAUGUGUGUCUGGGAGAAGCCUGAAUUGACGUUGGGAGUCUUCCUCAGUCUUUUUCUACCAUAUUCAUUGAGGCAGAUCUCACUUAAACCCAGAGCUCACCACCGCAGCGGUUGGCUAGGCUGUCUCCACCUUCCUAGUCCUGGAUUGUGGGCGCCCAUCCUACCCAGCCCGCAUGGCAAGCACUUUAGCUACUGAGCCAUCCCAGCCCUUUGUGUUAUCUGAGGGUUGUGCACCCACACCCUCGUUUUUCUGCUUCAGGCUUUCCUGACGAUGAUGUCAUUUGUAAAUUACUCUUAAGAGUCUGUCAUGAGGUAGGCUGAGAGCUCCAUAGCCCUGGUUUCUUUCUAUCUGUCACCUUUUCACACAGUGUUUCUAUUUCCUAUCAAACUUUACGUCACCCAGAAAGAAGCAGGCUAAAAUUUUCCAGAAUUCCAGCUUAGUCUCAAGCUCCUCAUGUCCAGCCCUGCUUUGCCUGUGACUGUGCAACUCGGCUAAGCUUGAGUUUCCAAUAGUGCUUCCUCCUGCUCUGAGCCCUCAGCAGCAGAGCCUUUAACGUCACCUUUUCUAAAGACUGCUCAGCCGUCUAGACAUUCUCUGGGGACGUAGGUUUUCUCUACCAAUUCUGAGCUCCUUCCAAGCCCUCUUCAGCACUAGCCUGUCUACUAACAGUCUGAAUAAAGCAGGCUCAGCUCUUCUGUCACCAUCCUCAAAGCCGAGGCUGUAUGUAAUCCAAAACUGGGAUUGUUGCCACCUCCUGGUUGACUAGAAUGUGUUGUAAGGGACCUAGAAGUCUCUGGUUAUUGCAAGGAAGCGAGCUAGGGAGUUUUGUUUUGUUGUUGUUUGUUUUGUUUUAUUUUUGAGACAGGGUCUCCCUGUAUAUUCCUGGCUGGUCUGGCACUCUAAUGAGUGUAGACAUGCUGGCCUUAAACUCACAGGAAUCCACCUGCCGCUGCUUCCUGAGUGCUAGGAUUAAAGGUCAGAGUGACCAGUGAAGACUUCAAGUACUGAGACUGUGGCUACAACAUUUCUAUGCAGAAUUUUUCUCAAUCACAUAGAGAAAAAAGAUUUUCUUUAACAAUACAGGCCCAGCCCUGCCUCUUUGGCUUUGUUAAAUAUAAUGUGGGUAACAGCUGUAAUUCAAAAGAUUAUACCUGAUAAUACCUGAUACCACCACUUCAGAGCUAUGGAGAGACCACUGUGACCUAGGGGCCAGCCUGCGUUACCGUGUGAGACUUUCUUAAAACAAACAAAAACAGAUGAACUUUCACUUGGAGCAAAUCAGGGUGGGCGGGAUGGGAUCAGCAGACGGAGCAGGAGUGAGGAGACCUCGCGUCCAGACCCAUGGAAAGCCUGGCAGGCAUGGUGGCCUCCUCUAGUCUCAGCAUCUCGCAGGCAGAGGUGAUCUCUGCACCACAGGGCUAAUUAGACUAACUGAAUGGGAUAGCACCAGGUUAAGGAAGAGCCCCCCUUCAAUAAAGAACAGGGCAAACACUGUCAACUUCAGGCCUCUAAGCAUACACAUGGGCUUGCGAACUAGCAUGUAUGUGCGUGCGUGCGUGUGUCCCAAACACACACACACACACACACACACACACACACACGCACGCACAGACUAAUAGUACCAUAGUCAUUGUAAAUAAUAGGGCAUUACCUGUAUUAAAACAGGAAAAAAAAUGUCCAAACCUUGUAAAAUAACUUGAAUUUUUCUUGUAGUUUUUUUAAUCAGUUGUAUUUAGUACCUACAAAUGCUAAAAAAAAAAAAAGACUGCCAUUUUUGUGUUCUUUCUGUCCAAAAGACAGGGGUGUCUGUCAGGACAAGAAGUGAAGGCCCACGUGAUGAUGGCCAGUCCUUUCACAGACAUCACAGGCUUUAUUGAGAAUCUGUUUGUACUGUAGUACAGGAACAUUUUAUUUAUUACAUUUUUUAAAAAAUACCAAUCCAAGUUCCUACUCCCUCCCCUCCUCCCAUUUCUUCCACAUACCCUCACACCCCACCCCCAUCUAAUUCUCAGGAUAAGGCACAUUGCCUUGUGGAAGGUCCAAGACCCUCCCUACUAUAUCUAGACUGAGCAAGGUAUCCAUGCAAACAGAAUGGGUUCCCAAAAGGCCAAUACAUGCAGUAGGAAUAAAUCCUGGUGCUCCUGCCAGUGGCCCCUCAGUCUGCCCCAGCCAUGCAGCUGACAGCCACCUUCAGCGGGACUCUUAACAUUUUAAAUGCAUCAUCAGCAUAAAGCAAGGUGGCACACUGAGUGGUCAGACCACUGUCUUGGGACAGCUGUUUUAAAUGAGGUUGUAAUAAAAAAUAGUUUGCAGUAUCUGCUUACAAAUAAUGUUUUCAUUCAAACUCAUUGGAUGUGUUUUUUAAAAAGGAUGUGCCUUUAUGUGCAGCUUGAUUUCAGUGGUUUACUAGGUUGCUUUGAACUUGAGUCUUUGUUUGGCUUAAUUGCCCCUUGUCUGGGGGCAGAGAAGGGCCUGAGGUAAGGCAUUGCCACCUGAGUUUUCCAUGGUUGUUUCUGGUUUUAUUCUACUAUAAGAACAAAUUCAGGUACCUCCUGACUGUUUGCCCCUAUGUAUUUCUGAAAACAUUCUCAUAAAGUGUAUUAUAUUAAGAUGCAUUCAGUUUUCCCUGUAAGAGUUUGUAUCUGUGUUGAUACAUCUUUGGCCAGUAGUGCCAAAAGUUGAAGAAAUUUUUAUAAUCUGUAAAAUAUUUAGUGUUUCCUUGAAUUUCAAUUAAAGAGUUUAUAAAAGAA